CCAGCCUAGAAGCUUCAUAAGGGGCCCCCUCUUUUGUAGGGCCUUUGACUCAUUAAUGAGAAAGUCGCGAUUUCUUCGACGACGGAGCAAAAAACAUCGAUGGCUGCUCCGGCGACGAUUGGUGGAGCCCGCCCCUGACUGUGAUAGAUUGGAUACAAUGAAAUUGAUAGGACAAAUGGUAGGCAUUAUUUUAUAUAAAAGCCGAGAGCUCACCAUGUGGACAGAAAUGAAGUUUGUUCAACUUUUUGUUUCCUCUCAAUUACUGUGAGAACCUCCAUAAUAUCCAUUUUUUUUUAUUUGAUUCCUAUUCGUUUUCGAACAGAAAGAGCAAGAUUUGAUCUCUUCUUUUUUGGAUCCAGAUGCAAACAAUUUUUUCUCUUGGCUUGGAUGAGUAGUUGAUUCAAGAUACUGAGGUACUGUGUUGCGGAAAAGACAUUCGAAAUAAAUUCCAGUCAAUCAGGUUCAAAGCUGACUCGAGUUGAAUCUGAUUGCAAACAUGGCCAUGGAUCAUACUGUAAAAGUCAUUCUAGGCUCAAUUGCCUUCGCAGUCUUCUGGUUAUUAGCUGUUUUCCCUGCUAUCCCAUUUCUACCAAUUGGGAGAACAGCAGGUUCUAUCCUAGGGGCAAUGCUCAUGGUCGUAUUUCGAGUCCUAACUCCAGAACAAGCAUAUGCGGCCAUUGAUCUCCCAAUACUUGGUCUUCUGUUUGGAACAAUGGUAGUUAGUGUUUAUCUUGAAAGAGCUGAUAUGUUCAAGUAUUUGGGUAAGGUGCUGUCGUGGAAGAGUAAAGGAGCAAAGGAUUUAAUUUGUCGAGUGUGUCUGAUAUCUGCAAUUUCAAGUGCGUUUUUCACCAAUGACACCUCAUGUGUGGUUUUGACUGAAUUUGUUUUAAAAAUUGCCAGGCAACAUAAUCUUCCUCCCCGCCCCUUCCUUCUUGCCCUUGCAUCGAGUGCAAAUAUUGGUUCUUCAGCAACACCGAUUGGCAACCCCCAAAACUUGGUCAUAGCUGUCCAGAGUAAAAUUCAUUUUGGGCAAUUUGUGAUUGGAAUACUCCCAGCUAUGCUUGUUGGUGUUGUUGUAAAUGCUUUAAUUAUUCUUAUCAUGUACUGGAAAUUGUUAUCUGUCCAGAAGGAUGAAGAAGAUCCAUCACCAGAAGUUAUUGCCGAUGAAGAUGUUCUUUCUCACAGAUUUUCACCAGCCAGAUUAUCACACUCACAAAUUCCAUCCCUUAAUUCUGCAGAAUGGGAUUCUCGAUUGGAUUUGAUGAACGCACAAAGUCCUCCAUGCUCGAACACAAAUGUGGAAACUAUAAGAAAUUCAGUAAGUUCAAAAGAUAAUGAAGAAAUCCGCAGGUCUCAUAGUACUAUGACGGAGCCGGCAAGAAUAUCUGAUGCUUCAAAAGAGUGGCUGCCCAAUGCGUCUACUCAGAAAAGGGAAGAAGAUUUCUCUUCUAAGAGCCUCAACUCAAUGGAAAAACAGAAAGAACCUGUAAUUUUGCAGUCCUCAGAAGGGAAGGAACAUUGGAGCACCAAAUGGAGAAGGAUUGCAUGGAAAUCCUGUGUUUAUCUUGUGACUGUAGGAAUGCUUGUUGCUUUAUUGAUGGGCUUGGAUAUGUCAUGGACUGCCGUGACUGCUGCACUCGCUCUUGUGGUUCUUGAUUUCAAGGAUGCUCAGCCAUGCCUAGAAAAGGUUUCAUAUUCACUUUUAGUUUUCUUUUGUGGGAUGUUUAUGACGGUUGAUGGAUUUAACAAAACUGGAUUGCCAAGUGCUUUUUGGAAUUUCAUGGAGCCGCAUGCACAGAUUGAUCGUGUUUCUGGCACUGUAGUUCUUGCUCUUGUCAUACUGUACCUCUCAAACUUGGCUUCAAACGUGCCUACUGUUCUUCUGCUUGGAGCACGAGUCGCUGCAUCGGCUGCUGCAAUUUCUCCAACCGAAGAAAAACGGGCAUGGCUUCUUUUAGCUUGGAUCAGUACUGUAGCUGGAAAUCUCUCAUUGUUAGGGUCAGCUGCCAACUUGAUUGUGUGUGAACAGGCUCGUCGCACUCCACAGCUAAGCUACAAUUUAUCCUUCUGGAAUCAUCUUAAAUUUGGACUUCCCUCAACUCUUAUUGUCACAGCCAUUGGUUUAGUUCUUAUAAAAUGAUUUUCUUGUCUUUACUAUCCUUAUUUUAUUGUUUUUUUUUUUUUGCUAUAAUAAAGUUUUAUUUUAUGAAGGUUAGAAUUGUAGAUUUCGUUUGAAGUUGAUCUAUAUAUAUAUAUAUAUAAAUGAAGAAUGUUUCCUUGAAAAGUCUGUACAAAUUUAAGUAUGAAACAAAUGUUCAAUAUAUGGUUGAGUUGAAAAUGGAAAUGAACCAAUAAAUAGCCAUUUUUUGUUCGA